CAUGCGCAGUGGGUAUUCCGUGUUGGUGAUCGUGUUUGGGGAAUGGAGCUGAGCUGACAGUCUCUACUUAUUUAAACCUCGUCACUAAUCAUUUCCGCUGUUAUCCUGCUAUGUUUCAGUGGCCUUUGUUUAUUGGGAACUGAAUUAGCUGUACAAAGAUAUACAAAUCUAAAUAUAUCUCGGAUUUUACGAUGAACCACGUCAACUUUGUUGUACCGGUUAAAAGUUUCAGCUCAGUCGGUAAAUAAGAUGUUCUUAUUCAUUCUUGAAGUGAGAAAAGAGUCCUCAAGGGCAAGAACGUUGCCUUCAGCCUCUAGCAAAUGCAGAACCUUUUGGGGCAAAAUGGGCGGCUUGCUGGCUGAACCGUGACGUAGAAAUCCGUUCCCUUUCUUGCCAAUCGCACUGACCAACGUGUUAUGGAGAAGCAGGCAGACGUACCUUACAAUAAGGUAGAAUCAUCAUUUAACGAUGAGGCCGAAAACCGAUCUAAACAGGAGGACCUGGAUUCCUUUAACCCAGUAGAGCCCCCUCCUCUGGACUGGAGGUCUGACUCUUCCAGUGAAGUAUGUUCGCUUAAAGAUAUUGAAGAACCUGCAUCUUUCUCCAUUGAUACACCAUUAGAUGAAUUGAGCGACUAUGGGGCUUCCAACACAAGGUUUACACCAACAGAAGCUGAGGAUCUCACAAGUCAGGAUGUGCAAGAACUCUCGAAAUCUCUGCAAGAACUCUCUAAUCAGAAUGCUGAAGAACUCUUAGAUCAAAAAGCUGAAAUUAGCGCAAUUAAUACACAGGUUCUGAAUCAUUCUAGUGUUCCUGAGCAACCGGAGAAGAAUUGUGAGAAGACAAGGCAAAAGCCAACAGAGAAUAGUCUCCAACAUGACCUAGACCAUGCUCACAUCCAGGAUUUGCUUAAUCAGCUUCAGCUCUUUCACCCGACAACUCCGUUAAAAAACCCUUCUCCAGAUCCAGAACUGGCCCCCAAUGCUGACCAUGUAACCGAGACUGUCUCCUCAUCGUGCUUGGUGUCUGAUGUUAGUGCUUAUCAAACAUGCUCAGAGGGAAGCAAACCAGUAUCUGGUCUUCUUUUCACUGAGAGCCAUCAGAGGGAGCUCCUUGAGCUACUGAAGGACCCCGAACCUCAAGAACUCCAGGAGUUUCCAGAAUCUCCGGACGAUCACACCAUUUCUACUGAACAGAUUACCGAGAGGCACAUUGGGAACUUUUCCCAGCUGCCUGACUGCCAUACCAGGUAUAUAACAAGAACUGGUGAGGCAGAUGAAAUGGUUUCUGUUUCAUAUGGCUCAGAUAUCUGGCACAACCCCUUUCAGGAUGAGUUGAUGAUGUCGUGCUACUCUGAGGAUGAGCCCUUGGAACAGUGGCAGCAGUCUAAGCAAGUGUUCUCUGAUGAGUUGGCUUCUGGUGGAGAGGAUGCGGAUACUGAGACUGAAGCUCAGGCUUCAUAUAAAGAUGUGCCUGGUCCUUGUGAUCCUGAGGAUCUGCUGGAUGGGAUCAUAUUUGGAGCGAAAUACCUCGGUUCCACACAGCUGCAAACAGAUAGGAACCCCUCCACCAAUGCUCGCAUGGCUCAGGCGCAAGAAGCCGUAGAUCGCAUCAAGGCGCCUGAAGGAGAAUCUCAGCCAAUGGCAGAGGUGGACCUUUUCAUCUCCACUCAGAGAAUCAAAGUGUUGAGUGCAGAUACCCAGGAGGCUAUGAUGGACCAUCCUCUGCAGAUGAUCUCCUAUAUCGCAGACAUUGGAAGUCUCGUGGUGUUUAUGGUGCGCAGGAAACCGGCAGAUCAUAAAACUGAUGAUUCAGCUGCCUGCUCUUCGUCACCGCCUAAGAAAUGCUGGAUGAUUUGCCACGUGUUUUCCUCUGAAGACGCACAGGUUAUAGCUCAGGCUAUUGGCCAAGCAUUUGGUGUGGCAUAUCAGCAAUUUUUGCAAGCAAGCGGCAUUAAAGCUGGCGAAUUCCGCUCGGGGGAGUACUGCCUCGGCUCACAGGAACUUUACAACGGAGAUUUGGUGCACUUUUCACAGUCUGAAAACAUCAGAGAGGUUUGUAUAAUAAAGAAGGUUGGAGAGAUCCUGGGUUUAGCCGUAGUAGAAUCCGGCUGGGGGUCCAUCCUGCCCACGGUGGUGGUGGCCAACCUGCUGCACGGCGGCGCAGCCGAGCGCUCGGGGGAGCUUAGCAUCGGAGAUCGCAUCAUGUCUGUGAACGGGGCCAGCCUGGUGGGCCUUCCCAUCACCACGUGCCAUAACAUCAUCCGAGACUUGAAAAACCAGGCUCAGGUGAAGCUCAGCAUUGUCCACUGUCCUCCUGUAACCAUGGCCAUUAUUAAGCGACCCAAUCCCAAAUACCAGCUGGGCUUCAGUGUAGAAGAUGGAAUUAUUUGCAGUUUAAUGCGCGGAGGUAUCGCGGAAAGAGGCGGCAUUCGGGUCGGCCAUCGCAUCAUCGAAAUCAACGGGCAGAGUGUAGUAGCCACGCCACAUGAGAAGAUCAUCCAAAUCCUCACAAACGCAGUAGGAGAGAUUCAUUUGAAGACAAUGCCAACAUCCACCUAUCGGCUUUUAACCGGACAGGAGCAGCCUCUGUUCCUCUGAAGAACAUGAACCAUACAAAAGCCUAAUCAUCGAAUGGGUUUUUGAUUUAGAUUUUUUUCCCUUCUGAACGCCUUUACAGAGCAACAAGCAAUGACGCUUUUGGAAUUAACAUUCACUCUGUGCACUUCAUCUGUAUCUAAAAGUUCACUGCUGAAUAUAUAAAGAACUCUUUUUACAGUUUACGCCAAGCUUAAAGCGGGAUUUUCAGCUAUUUAAGGAAGCAGAAGAAAUUUUUAUGAAUUGCGCAGCAUGCACAUUUCUAUUCCAUUGUGCCUUUUGUGGAGAAAUUUGUGCAAGUGUGUGUUGUUUUACAUGAAUCUCCUUCACCAGAAUUGUUCAUAUAGAGGAUUAUUUUUUUUGUUUGUUUUCCAGUGAGUGUUUCAAGUCAUGAGCAUCACUCAUUUUGUAGGCUUCCAUGCUGUGUUCAGUACUUAUGCCCCAGUGAUGGCAAAAAAAGUACAGAAAAUAUAAAUUUUUAAGCUGUUAUUAGAGUAAAAAUAUUUUUUUUUAGUGAAAGUCAUUAGUUUUAUAAAAUGCCCAGCAUAUAUUUAUCACAUGGCUUGCUACCUCACGUUUUAAUUAAAAUCAUGUGUUAUUUGCUUACAAGAUUAUAGCAAUAUAUACGCAAUCCUGCAUUUAAAAUUACCAUUAAAAGGGGAACUUUUUCUAAAUAUUCAUAGGUUAUAAAGUGACUGCUUUUAACAUUCUCUUGCAAGUGUUUUUUUUUUUUUUUUUUUUUUUGACAGCUUUUUCUAAAGCUUGUUAUAUGAUGAUUAUUUUGUAAACUAGUUGGUAUUAUGAAUAAAAGCAGACUUUAUGUACAUGUCUCAUCAAGAUGUUUUCAGCUGCAGAAAUUCUGCUCACUAGCUUUUUGUUUGUUUGAUUUUUGCACCAUUUUUUUGUAAACUAGGGAAUGACUUAAAUCAAAUAAUUGGCUCAGAAGUUUCGGAAAUCCUCAAACCUGCCCAUCUUGCAUUUAACCACCUCUUCAU